AUGGCCUGUAUCGAAGAGAUCUUCAGGAUCAACCCUGCCUUCACGUUGACCCUGACACGUAAGGUAACCGCUCAAAGGGAGAUGACCUUCGACGGACAUUUCGUGCCCAGUGGGACAACAAUCUUCAGCUCCAACCACGUCAUGCACCAUGACCCCGCCAUUUGGGGUCCAACACAUGACGUUUACGACCCGAACCGAUUCUUGGGCCCGAAUGCAGAAUUGUGCAAGCGAAACCUGGCACCAUUCAGUAUGGUUCACAGAGUGUGCAUGGGUCGGAAUAUGGCCAUGAUAAAUAUCCUCAAGGUUGUCACCACGGUCUUGAAGUGCUCCAUGCUCGAGAGUACGAAUCCCAAGGAAAAGAUGAGAACCGUCAGUGUUGGCAACUCCGAAAAGGAGGGUCCUCUAGUAGUUCAAGUUCGGAGACAAAAUCUCACCGGUAAACCUGGUGCUUAG